AUGAGGCGCCUCAAAAGUAACCUCUGCUUCGUUCCCCCGUUGUCCGUGUUCCUACUGUUCCGUCAUUCUAUCUGUCACCAAUGUCCCUUGUAUAACCCAUUCCCAUCCGCUCGUCAGAUCAAGGGCUUCGCAACCCCAGCUGACGUGGACGCAUGGCUGCUGGCGAACCCGUACACGACGACCGGCGCGCUGCACUUCGCCUUCACGCCGUCCGGCGCGUUAGGCUACGGCAUUCAAACGAACGCCACCGUUAAGAGCCAGCGCGGGCAAUUCGAGGACGCGACGUUCGACUACCAGGUGCCGCUUCAGGCGGCGGCGGAGCGCGAGAUCGCGCGUUACAUCGCGCAGGACUGGACGCUGACGUGGACGCCGUCGUACGCGGAGUUCGCGCACCCGGCCAUCAGCGCGUUCUCCGCCGUCGGAUCCGCCGGCGCAACGUUCCUCUUCGCCGCGGCCAUGUUCAGCUUCGUCACGCAAGCGAGCAACCUCGUAACGGAGCGCGAGCUAAAACUCCGUCAGGCCAUGUCCACCAUGGGACUCAUGGACUCAGUCUUCUGGCUCACAUGGUUCCUAUGGGAGUUUCUCCUCGCAAUCAUAUCCUGUAUCCUCCUCGUGUGCUUCGGCAUGAUGUUUCAAUUCGAUUUCUUCCUACACAACGCAUUCCUCGUCCUCUUCCUCAUGUUCUUCCUCUUCUGGCUCUCCAUGACCUCCCUCGCCUUCUUCGUCUCCACCUUUCUCCGCAAGGCCUCCACAGCCAACACCGUCGGGUUCUUUAUCUUCAUUAUAGGCUUCGUGCUGCAGCUGAUCGUGCUGUUCGGGGUUCCGUACUCUAAGGAGUACAGCAACGGCCUCAGGAUCAUCUUUAAUCUCUUCCCGCCUGAUCUCCUAGCUAUAGGGCUGAAAUACUUGGGAGACGCCACAGCCACUCCCGAGGAUCCCGGGAUUAAGCUGUCCACGAUUGGCCAGUGCUCUCCGCGAAGCCCGGACUGCGUGAUGACGAUGGCGGGGAUCUACGUCUGGCUGCUCGUCCUGACGAUCGUCUAUUUCAUCCUGGCCGUCUAUUUGGACAACGUUCUCCCGGACGUGAACGGCAUCCGAAAGCCCUGCUUCUUCUUCCUCUACCCUUCCUUCUGGACCGGCCGAGCCUCGGGAGGGGAGCAUGGAGGACUCUUCUCGUGCUUCGGCAGGAAGGUUCCUGAGCUGGAUCCGAACGACCGCGCUGACGACGCUGACGUCAUCGAGGAGGAGGAGAAGGUGAAAGCAGCGGCAGCAGCAGCGGGAGGGGGGGAAGCUGCCAACGUGUCAGUGUCCGUUCGCGGCCUGGUGAAGACGUUCCCCGGGCGUACGGAGAUGAAACGGUGCUGCGUGAUUAAGAAGUCACCGGCGUUUCAUGCGGUGAAGGGGUCGUGGUUCGGCGUGGAGAAGGACAAGCUGUUCUGCCUGUUGGGACCCAAUGGCGCCGGGAAGAGUACCACCAUUCACUGCCUCACAGGCAUCAUCCCCACCACUGCUGGCGACGCGCUGGUGCUGGGGUCGUCCAUCCGCGACCCAGGCAGAAUGGCGCGCAUACGCGGCAGCAUGGGCGUGUGUCCGCAGUUGGACAUCCUCUGGAACCUCCCUCCCCCUCUUUUCCCUCCCCAACCCCCCUCUUCUCCCCCCGCAUCCCCUCAGCUCUUGUCCUUGGGUCCUCCAUCCGCGACCCAGGCAGCAUGGCGCGCAUACGGGGCAUCAUGGGCGUGUGCCCGCAGUUUGACAUCCUCACUUGUCCUGGGUUCGUCCAUCCGCGACCCAGGCAGCAUGGCGCGCAUACGGGGCAUCAUGGGCGUGUGCCCGCAGUUUGACAUCCUGUGGGACCGCCUGUCGGGCGCGGAGCACCUCUACCUCUUCGCGCGCAUCAAGGGGCUGCCCCCCGCGCACACGCACAAGGAGGUCGCGACCCUGCUGGAGGAGGUGCGGCUCACUGAGGCCCAGAAGAUGCGCACGCGUGCGUACAGCGGCGGCAUGAAGAGGAGACUGUCGGUGGCCGUGGCUCUCAUUGGAGACCCCAAGGUUGUCUACCUCGACGAGCCGACCACGGGCAUGGACCCUGUGUCCCGUCGCCACGUGUGGGACAUAGUAGAGCGCGCUAAGAAAGGACCCGCCAUUGUUCUCACCGCGCACUCCAUGGAAGAAGCGGACAUCCUGGGCGACCGCAUUGCCAUCAUGGCCCUCCUUCCUUCCCCCCCACCAAUUCACACACCACAGGCAUGGACCCUGUGUCCCGUCGCCACGUGCAUGGACCCGGUAUCCCGGCGCCACGUGUGGGACAUAGUGGAGCGUGCAAAGAAAGGGCGGGCCAUUGUGCUCACCACGCACUCCAUGGAGGAGGCGGACAUCCUGGGCGACCGCAUCGCCAUCAUGGCGCGCGGCCGCCUGCGCUGCAUCGGCACGUCCAUUCAUCUCAAGAACCGCUUUGGCGCCGGGUUUCUUGUCACUGUGGGGAUCGGGGCGAAGGGAGGGACGCCCUCGGCUGUGGAUUUGCAGGCGGACAAUGCUGCCAAGGCGGCUGUGGCUGAGAAGGCUUCUGCUGUGAAGGCGUACUUUAAGGAGGUGAGUGGGGCAAGGCGUGCAGGCACACGGAAGCUGGAUGUGGAGGCAUCAGAUGAAUCCAAGGGAUACGUCAAGUUCCUUGUGCCACGAGACAGGGAGCCCCAACUCACUGCUUUUUUCAAGGAGCUGAACGACAGCAGCAAGGAGUUGGGAAUCACCGACACACAGCUCUCCCUCUCCACCCUCGAAGAGGUCUUCCUCAACAUCGCCCGCCAAGCAGAGCUCGAAACCGCGCAAGCCGAAGGCCGGUUUGAAAACAUUGUUCUUACUAAUGGGUUGUCAGUCCAGGUGCCUGUGGGUGCUGAGCUCGUCUCGCUGCCGGCAACGGAAGAGUUUCCCCAGGGGAGCCUGAUUGAUGUGAGCUGGCAGCAGGAUGACACUGGGACGCUGAGGAUUUCGAAGUUUUCGGAGCAGAGGGAGACGACUGCUGAGGCUGCGGCAGAUGCGGUGCCUGCGAGGUGGGGGAAGAGUGGAGCGGAAAAGAGCUUUUGGGCUAGGAUGUGCGGGUGUUGUUCAUAA